AGGCCAUUAUACUGUGAACAUGUAUUGAAAGAAAACAAAGUUUUAUAUAUUUUUAAAAGAAAUGAGGACUAUUUAUGCAAACUAAUGGAGAAUAGACUAGUGGAUUUCACAAUUUCAAUCAUUGUUUUAAGCUAUCUAGGUUCAUUUACCUGGGCAAAGCCAUGCAAUAACGUUAACCAUACUUACACGGGAAAUCCAAAUGAACUUUGUGGCGAAACAACAACUCAAUUAGAAAAAGACAUCAGUAACAGUAACAGGGGAAGUGACUCGAAAAAUUCUGGAAUAGCUAUUCACACUGUUUAUACAAUAAUAGUAAUUUCUGGUGUGAUUCUGAUACCAAUUAUUGUGUUAACAAGGGUAUGCUGGUUAAGAAAACUGCAGAGGCAGAGAUGUGAAGUCAUCAACGAAAUGAGGCAAAUUGUUGAUGAACGUUUUACAGAAGAGCAGAUGAGAACAAGCGGGAUGUUUAGUUUAGAUCUGUCAAACCUACCACCCGUUGUGAUGCUUGGAAAACCACCAUCAUACGAAGAAAGUAUUGCAAACCCCUGUAGUGGAUCUCCGCCACCCUAUGAUGAUCCACUAGGCUAUAAAAACAAUCACUUUGAUUUUGGUGAAAAUAUAACAAAUACUUGUGGAGAAGAGACUAAUAUACAACAAAGUACAAGUUCAACAGUUGCUUUCGGACACGAGACAGAGAAUGUCCCUGUGCCUUCAACAAGUUCAAAUAAUUCAAACGACUGUGUUGUUGUAAACAAUGAAGUAACUUUUACUAGCUCAUAUAGAUUCUGACCUUGAUUGUAAAUCGAAAAUAAAAUUGUUACAAUACUCACUGUAAGCUCAUAGGGGGCUAACAAAUGAAAUGCACGUUUUACCAGCUGAAAUAGCUGACAGAAAUCGGACUUAUAUGACAGCAUAGCACAAGUCUGUAUUUGAGAAACUUUUAAUUACAUCGUUGUGCUUGAAAACAUGAUCCAAAGAUAAACCAAACUGGUUAAUCAAUGGUUGUGUUGUAGAGACAGAUUGAUCUACUUCUCUUGCAAACAGCUUGCUUGACUAGGAUAAACUGUUUGAGUAUACCUGUACUAAAACAAGAAAAGGAGAUUAUCAUACAAACAAGUUGAUAUUAUUUCACUGCAACUCUAUGAUGCACAAACAGAUAUGUAGAUAGAUAUGAACAUAGGCUGAAAGUGGGCAAAAAGAAAUUCUUGUUACCUAUUAAUUACAAAAGUAACCAGCGGAGGGAGAGAUUGUAUAUAAAACAUAUGUUUGGUAUUUUUGUGGACCAAUAAUUCUCUUCCUGAUACAUUUCGUCGAAUUUAAUAUAUUUAGGCACGAACAAUAUAUAUUUUGUAUCUCCGUUAACGUUGCUAUUAAAUGUAUUUGUUAUCACAUGGCAACAUUUCUCUGACCAUUCCGAUCCAUAAUAUUAAACACUGUUUUGUUGUUUUUGUUUAUUUUUUGUUUUGUUGCUGUUGUUGUUGUUUUUUUAUCCAGUUUUCAAAUCCUGUAACUAACUUUU